AUGCCCUCUGAACAAGAGAACAUUUCAGUACAUGCUGAACCAUCCACUAGAAGCUCAUGUUUGGAAGAUGGGUUAUCAGAACAACUCCAAGCAACCAUUUUUCGAUGCUCCAAAUUACGUGGAUCAUUAAGGCCUGUGACUCUCAAGUUUGAAGAUGUGGCCUACAGUAUUAAGCUACCAAAAACCGGAGGAAUUUGCUUUGGAUCAACCGAUUCCAAACCGGACAGAGUCGUACUCAACGGCGUGAGCGGAAUUGUCCGGCCCGGCGAGCUCUUAGCGAUGCUUGGACCGUCUGGUAGUGGCAAGACAACUCUCCUAACCGCCCUCGCCGGAAGGCUUCCGGGGAAGGUUUCCGGCACCAUAACCUACAACGGGCAACCCUUUUCCGGGUCAAUUAAGCGGAAAACUGGAUUCUUGACCCAAGAUGACGUGUUAUACCCUCACCUCACAGUGCUGGAAACUUUAACUUACACAGCUUUGUUGAGGUUACCCAAAAAUCUAACUAGGGCAGAGAAAGUGGAGCAAGCCGAGUUGGUUAUUUUGGAACUUGGUUUAACCAGAUGUCGUAACAGUGUCGUGGGAGGGGUUCUUUUGCGUGGGAUAUCGGGUGGGGAGCGAAAACGGGUCAGUAUUGGACAAGAAAUGCUAGUGAACCCGAGUCUUUUGCUGCUGGACGAGCCAACUUCCGGGCUCGAUUCGACCACGGCUCAACGCAUUGUCGCGACAUUGCAAGGGCUGGCUAGAGGUGGGAGGACGGUGGUGACAACGAUACAUCAACCGUCGAGUCGGUUGUAUUGGAUGUUCGAUAAGUUGGUUGUGUUGACGGAUGGGUACCCGAUAUAUAGUGGUGCCGCGAGUCGGGCAAUGGAGUAUUUCGGGUCUGUCGGUUAUGUGCCACGAGUUGACCUCGUUAACCCGGCUGAUUUUCUGCUAGAUCUUGCCAACGGUGUGGGUCCUGAUACGAAAGAAGGUGAUAGAUAUGAUAAUCAUGGGCGAUCAGAAAGUGAUGAUAAAAAUUCUAUGAAACAGUUCUUGAUAUCAUCGUACAAAAAGAAUCUAAAUGACGUCUUGAAAGCCGAGAUCCGUGGAAAUUGUGGGGACCAAAAUGCUUCUCUGCCACCCACAUCAUCCAUCAAGAGUUCUCAUGAGCAACAAUGGACCACAACCUGGUGUGAGCAAUUCAAGGUGUUAUUGGUGAGAGGCUUAAAGGAGAGAAGGCAUGAAUCUUAUUCAGGUCUCCGGGUUUUCCAAUCCUUGUCUGUUUCAAUUCUUUCUGGUCUCCUAUGGUGGCAUUCUAAUCCUUUACACAUACAAGAUCAGAUGGGUCUCCUCUUCUUCUUCUCCACAUUUUGGGGAUUCUUUCCAAUGUUCAAUGCCAUAUUUGCUUUCCCUCAAGAGAGAGCCAUGUUAAUGAAAGAGCGUUCAUCGGGGAUGUACCGACUUUCGUCCUACUACUUUGCCCGAAUGGCCGGAGAUUUACCAAUGGAGCUUGUUCUACCAACCAUCUUUGUAGCCAUCACAUAUUGGAUGGGUGGUCUUAAGCCUCUUCCCAUCAAUUUUGUGCUAACACUCUUAAUCAUCCUCUACAAUGUCUUAGUCUCUCAAGGAUUAGGCCUCGCGCUCGGUGCCAUUCUAAUGGAAGUGAAACAAGCAACCACAUUAGCUUCAGUGUUAAUGCUAGUGUUUCUAUUAGCAGGUGGAUACUACAUUCAACACAUUCCUCCAUUCAUAGCUUGGAUUAAGUACAUUUCCUUCAGUUACUAUUGCUAUAAGCUUCUCAUCGGCGUCCAAUAUACCGAAGACAACUACUAUGAUUGCGAAUUCGGGCAGCACCAUUGCAAGACCUUGGAAUUUCCUGGUAUAAAGCAUCUGGGUCUCAAUAAUAUGGGAUUUAAUGUAGCUGCAUUAGGAGUUAUGUUGGUUGGAUAUAGGUUCAUGGCUUAUGUAGCCUUAAGGGUUAGGCAACAUUGAUAGAUCAUAUAACAAAAACAUGAGAUUUAAUUAAGGAUUGA